UCAGGCCCCGGGGAGGAGAUGUGUGCGUGGUGCGGGGGGAGGGGCAGGAACAUCGCAUCAUCUAACAGGUUGGUCGGGCUGGGAGGCGUCCCGCCCUCCUGGAGCUAAUGAGCACUGUAGGACAGGUGUUUGCUCCUCAGUCCCCAGCCUGCCCUGCCUGAGACCAGAGCCAGCUGCCUGCCACCCCUCAAAGGCUCAUUCACACACACACACCCGUGCCCUCCCGCGUCCCGGGCCCGGGGGCCGCGAUGGCCUGCCGCUCCUGCGUCGUUGGCUUCAGCAGCCUUAGCAGCUGUGAGGUGACCCCUGCGGGCGGCCCCCGGCCUGGGACCUCGGGAUGGGGCAUCUGCGGGACCCCGGGGCCAGGCUUCAGCUCCCGCAGCCUCACAGGCUGUGAGGCGGCUGGCACCAUUGCCAAGGUAACCGUGAACCCCAGCCUACUAGUGCCCCUGGAUCUCAAAGUGGACCCAGCCAUCCAGCAGCAGAAGAACCAAGAGAAGGAGGAGAUGAAGGUCCUCAAUGAUAAGUUUGCCUCCCUGAUUGGCAAGGUGCAGGCCCUGGAGCAGCGCAACCAGCUGCUGGAGACCCGCUGGCACUUCCUGCAAGGCCAGGACUCUGGCACCUUCGACCUCGGGCACCUCUACGAGGGGUACCAAGCACGGCUGCAGGAGGAGCUACGCAAAGUGAACCAGGAGCGGGGACAGCUGGAGGCCAGCCUGCUGCAGGUGCUCCAGAAGGUCGAGGAGUUUCGAAUCAGGUAUGAGGAGGAGAUCUCCAAGCGCACAGACAUGGAAUUCACCUUCGUCCAGCUAAAGAAGGACCUGGAUGCGGAGUGUCUCCGUCGGACUGAACUGGAAACCAAGUUAAAAGGCUUGCAGAGCUUCGUGGAGCUGAUGAAAAACAUCUAUGAGCAGGAGCUGAAGGACCUGGCAGCCCAAGUGAAGGACGUUUCGGUGACCGUGGGCAUGGACAGCCGCUGCCACAUCGACCUGAGCGGCAUUGUGGAGGAGGUGAAGGUGCAGUAUGACGCCAUCGCGGCCCGCAGCCUGGAGGAAGCUGAGGCCUACUCCCGGAGACAGCUGGAGGAGCGGGCUGCCUGCUCAGCUGAGUUUGGGAACAGCCUCCAGAGCAGCCGCAGUGAGAUCGCUGACCUCAACGUUCACAUCCAGAAGCUUCGAUCCCAGAUCCUCUCCAUCAAGAGCCAUUGCCUGAAGCUGGAGGAGAACAUCAAGGCGGCGGAGGAGCAGGGAGAGCUGGCCUUCCAGGACGCCAAAGCCAAGCUGGCCCAGCUGGAGGAUGCCCUGCAGCAGGCCAAGAAGGACAUGGCCCGGCAGCUGCGCGAGUACCAGGAGCUCAUGAACACCAAGCUGGCCCUGGACAUCGAGAUCGCCACCUACCGCAAGCUGGUGGAGGGCGAGGAGAGCCGAAUGGACUUGCCUUCAGCCUCCAUGGUCAGCGUGGUGCAGUCCAGAUCCAGAACCGCCGCCUCCAAGCCCAGCCUUUCGAGAGCGCCCUCCCGGAAAAAGAAGAACAGAAAAGGCCCUGUGAUCAAAAUCACCGAAAUGUCCGAGAAGUUCCUGUUGCAGGAGUCAGAGGUGUCAGAGUAAGGCAGCUGGAGCCCAGGAGCCUAGGUCACUCCCCUGCAGCUGGAGGGACUUCAGCGGGACCCAAGCAAGCAGCUUGGAGCCUCUGGGUUGGGCGGGGAGGCAAACCUGAUCCUGAACUGAAAGGGGGAGCGUUCAAAACCAGGACUGCUUUUCUGUGGGUGGCCGAGGGUGCUACAGGACUGUCACCAGCUAUUAAGAAUCACACCACUCCAUCUCAAUAUUUCAGUCCUACCCUUCCAGCCUUCUGGCCAGAGGUCUUCUGACUGGAGAAACUGGAACUGGGGAUCAGUUUUUUCUCUACCUCCUUUCUCUUCUGAGGCUCUUCCCCAAACAGAGGGCUCUGACCAAGGAACCUUCGACGCUUUUCGCCCAACCCUUGCCCUAAACUCCGAUAUCAAGCCUUACCUUGCCUCUGACUCAGGACCGAGGCUGGUGCCCUCGCUCACCCAGCCCCAGCCAGCCAUGGAUCAGGGGCCGAGGAGGACGACCUGGGCACCCUCCCCCUAUCUGCAGCUCCUGGGGAGGC